CAGUCCACAAAACCCUGUCCAACCAGGCGUAUACUUGAUUUGCGAGUGUAAACUUUUGUGCGAAACGAAUUUCAACAAUAUGGCGGCCAGCAAAGUACCCGACUGGAUAAAUGCGGAAAUAUUUGAAGAUGUUCUCAAGUCAACGGUGCCUGGCUAUUCCAAAGUGAAGACCUUCAAGGCUGACAGUGGCUCUGCCGCGGGAGAAAACUACGCAACGAUCAUGCUGCGUGUCAACAUCGAAGUGGAGCUGGAAGGUAAUAUCCCUUGCUGCUGGAGUGGUGAAUUUCCUCCAUUUCAAACAUAUCUUUUUUCAGAUGGAAAAGCCAAGGAUGUCUCGUACAUGGUGAAGCUGCCCCAUCAGCUUGAGUUUUACCAGGAAAUGAUGAAGAAGACCAACAUUUUCGACACUGAACGCUUGAUGUACAAUGACGUUGUGCCCGAGAUGGAGGCGCUGUACAAGGCAGUGGGUGUAGAUUUGAUUUUCGGUGCCAGGAGCUACGAUUUCAAAGGAGCCAAGAGCGAUUAUGUUCUGUUGGAGGAUCUGAGCAUAAAGGGAUUCAAAAAUGCUAACCGUCUGGAGGGAUUGGAUCAGACGCACACGGAAAGAGUUCUGAAGAAGUUGGCCCAAUGGCAUGCGGCCUCGGCCGUGCGUGUGGCCACGAAGGGCUCAUAUCCGGAGAUGCUUACCAUGGGCUUCUUCAAGGAGGAAAGCAAGCCCAUGAUGACCGAAAUGAUUAAUGGAAUGAUGGCGAGAUUCCUCAAGGUCUGUGUUACCUUCGAGGGCCACGAGGAGUGGAUAGAACAGAUUAAAGCACUUAUUCCCGCAUCCAUAGAUGAAAUGUACAAAAUGGCCAAGAUCGAUCCCCAAGAGUUUAAUGUUCUGAACCAUGGAGACUCUUGGUCCAAUAACAUAAUGUUCCAAUACGAUGCCUUCGGUACGAUUAAGGAGGUGUAUCUUGUGGAUUAUCAGAUUCCCAAGUACGGCACAGUGGCCCAGGAUCUGUUGUACUUCCUGCUUUCGUCCACCAGACUGGAGGAUAAGCUGAGCAAAUUCGAUUACUACAUCAAGUUCUACCACGACAGUCUGAUCGAGAACUUGAAGAUCCUCAAGUACACGAAACCCUUGCCCACGUUGCGAAGCAUUCACUUGGCCCUAUUGAAAUAUGGAGUUUUCGGUUACUCCGUUGUAACUGGAGUUAUGAGUGCAGUUCUGUUGGAUCCUACGGAGAAUGCCAGCUUUGAGAACUUCGUGGGCGACAGUGCGGCCGGGGAGGCCUUCCAGUUGCAGUUGUACACCAAUCCUCGCUACCGCAAGCAUAUCCAGGCUAUCCUACCCUGGCUCCUCAACCGUGGGGCCUUGGAGAUCAGUGCUCCAACAAGCCAAUAAGAAAUUUACACAAUGCCCGCUGUGCGAUAGAAUUUAACGCAACCGACCGACCGUGUGAUAAUGCUGAUAAUGAUAUCUGUUUUUUUUGAUAAUGUGCACACACAAGUAUUAAUAAAAACUAAAAUUAUUCUCCAAACCUAAA